AUGACUACCUUCUUGGUGACCGGAGCGUCGCGUGGUCUUGGGUUCGCCUUUCUCAAGGAGCUCUCGGCAGAUCGUGAGAAUCUUGUUGUAGGACUUGUGUGCAACAAGUUAUCUACUGAAAGAAAGAUUGCGGAAGAGCUCGGCUCUCCGGACAAUAUUCGCAUUGUCGAAGCUGACAUCACCAACUACGAAGCCCUCAAGGAGUCUGUCCAAGAGGUCUCCAAACCCACUUCUGGCGUGCUUGAUUAUAUCAUCGCAAAUGCAGCCCUGAUCCCAUCCUGGUCGGCGUGGGACGCUGUCGAUGUCUUAGCCCAGGAUUCAGAGUUACUCGAAAAGAAUAUUCUUGACUCAAUCAAGGUCAAUGUGGUUGGAAACUUUCAUCCUUUCAACCUUUACAUGCCUCUCGUUCUCAAUGGUCGGGCCAAGAAGGUGAUCGCCAUCUCCUCGGGCAUGUCAGACAUCGAAUUCAUCCGUCAAUUCGAGAUUGAACCAGCUGCUCCUUAUGCUGUGAGCAAAGCGGGAGUCAAUGUCGUAAUAGCAAAAUUCGCGGCUCGCUAUGCAAAGGAUGGCGUGCUGUUCAUGAGCAUCUGUCCUGGCAGCGUCAACACUGGCUUCGAAGGGGGGAUGACUGAAGAGAAGACGCAGAAGGCGCUUCGACUGGCAAGCAAGUUUGUGGACUAUGCCCCCAACUUCCGAGGCCCAAGCUCGCCGGAGGGUUCUGCCAAAGCGGUUCUGGGGGUCAUGUUCGAGGCUUCGCUGGAGUAG